AUGUUCAAUAAUUUCACAGAAUUUCCACUACUUAGAUGUUUUAAUGAUAUAUAUUUUUCAAAUUUAUGUUUUUUUUGUCUACUGAGUGCCACAGUCGAUCUUGAUGCAGGUGAAGAGCCAAGUAGCACAUUUACAGACCGACACCUGUGUGAAAGUCGGGAUAGAUUUUUGCUUAAUAGCAUCCUAAUAUUUGUUCUUCGGAAGGGGUACACAGCAAUUUUAAAAGAAGUUAUUCAGCUUUACGGUCAAUUAUGUCUUAAACCACCACCUUUUUGUGUAUGGUGUUGUGCAACGGUGUUAUUUUCCAAAACUUUAAAUGAAGAUUUGAUUGAGACUGAUUCUAACAAUUGCAAUUUAUCUGCUAAUUAUAAAGAUCAAUUAGAGACUUUAAUUACAGUGGGAAAUAAUUUAUUUUCUAAACUAAGUGAUUCAUCGCCGUAUAAACCAUGCCUUAACACUUAUUUAAAGGAGGCUAGACGUAUUAUUAUGCAUCUAUACUUGGAAUCAUCUGCACCAACAAGUAAUUAUACUCUGUGUUUUUCCAAAUUGAAUCAACAUUAUUCUCAAUCAGAUCUAACUGAUGAAGUACACAACUUCCGAUUACGAUUUUUAACACUAUUCGUAUCUGAGAACAAAGUAAAUUCAUUUGAUAUUGUUAAACAUUUACCUGAAGUAUUAUUGGAUAAAGUUGGAUCAAGUGAAUGGGUAUAUAAUGAUGCAAUACUAUUAGAAUUAAAUACACUUUUAGCUUUAAUUAUACGUCAACAAUUCAUUCGUAAAUCUACAUGUACAGAAGAAGAUUUAUUUGAAUUGAUUCAUGCUUAUCAUUCUCAAUCAUGUCCAUCUCAGUUACUUUAA